GUCAUGCAACUGUUUUUCGCUGGAGUGGAUUUUACUAUGAACAGGUCUUCGGUGCGUCUCUUCUGACUCUCUCGGAGUCUCUCCACCUCUUCUGGACAACCGUUCAACUCGUCUCUCCCGUUAUUUUGUGGUAUAAAAAACCAGGAUGGCUGCUGUAGAGUCCAAAAGAGCUAAACUUUGGGGUGGACGUUUUGUUGGAUCCACUGAUCCAGUGAUGGAAGCAUUUAAUGCAUCCAUUUCAUAUGACAAAGCAAUGUGGAAGGAAGAUAUACAGGGUAGUGUGGCCUAUGCAAAAGCUUUAUUGAAAGCAAAUCUAUUAACGGAGACAGAAUGUAACAGCUUGAUUACUGGUUUGGAAGAAGUUGAAAAGGAAUGGGAAGCUGGCACUUUCAGUAUUCAGCCUGGUGAUGAGGAUAUUCACACUGCCAAUGAACGUAGGCUCAAGGAAAUUGUUGGUGAAGUUGGUGGCAAAAUUCAUACUGGGCGUAGUCGCAACGAUCAAGUAGCCGUUGAUAUGAGGUUGUGGUUACGAGGACACCUUGGUGAUAUUUCAACGCACCUUAUAAAUUUUAUCCAGGUGUUAUUGGAAAGAGCAGAGAAUGAAAAAGAUAUCUUGAUGCCAGGCUACACCCACCUUCAGAGAGCUCAGCCCAUUCGAUGGUCCCAUUGGUUACUCAGCCAUGUGUGGCCAGCUGUGCAUGACUUGGAACGCCUUACAGGCUUGUACCUAAGGGUUAAUGUGUGUCCCUUAGGGUCUGGAGCAUUAGCUGGUAAUCCAUUCAACAUUGACCGACAAAGUCUUGCUGAAGAUUUAGGGUUUGAGGAGGCUACUGAAAAUAGUCUGCAGGCUGUGAGUGACAGAGACUUUGUUGUGGAAUAUCUCUUCUGGGCAAGUUUGCUGAGCUCACAUUUGAGUCGUCUGGCAGAGGACCUUAUUCUCUACUCAACAAGUGAAUUUGGGUUUGUAAAGCUUCAUGAUGCCUAUGCAACUGGCAGUUCCCUCAUGCCUCAGAAGAAGAAUCCCGACAGCUUGGAACUGGUGAGAGGAAAAGCUGGAACACUGACUGGAAAUCUUUGUGGUUUCAUGAUGGUUAUGAAGGGUCUUCCUUCUACCUACAACAAGGACUUACAAGAAGACAAGCUGAAAUUAUUUGAAACUGCAAAGGUUCUUGCUGGUGUACUACAAGUAAUGGCAGGCACAGUGCAAACAUUAAAGGUUAAUGCAGAUGCUUGUCGUAAAGCCCUGUCUGAGGAGAUGCUCUCCACUGAUGUGGCCUACUACCUUGUCAAGAAAGGGAUGCCAUUCCGGUCAGCCCAUGAAAAAGCUGGAGAAGUUGUUAAACUUUCUGAAAAUCUCCACUGCUCAUUCUCUUCUCUACCACUUAGUGAACUUGUAAAGAUAAGCCCUCUCUUCACAGAAGAUGUAUCAUCUGUUUGGAAUUUUGAACAUAGCGUGGAGCAGUACCAAGCAGAUGGUGGGACUGCCUUGAAAAGUGUGAACAAUCAAAUAACUAGAGCUCGGAAGUUCCUUGCUAACUUUUCCUUGGCUUAGUACCAGUAAUUCAUUUGUUAAGCAGAUAUGGGGUACACAAUUUGUUGUACUAUAAUUAGAAAAAAAGUUAAUUCUGUCAGUUUUCUGUUGAACUAUACUUAUCCGUAAGUAUUUGGAAUACUAUUGUACUUUAUAAUAUUUCUUGGCUCUAUAAAUGAAAGUUCUGACUUUAAAAACACUACUAAUGAUAAAAUUAUAAAUGGGAGGAUAAGAGAUAUGCACCUUAGGUAGGUUGUUUGAGUUAUGGGUAAUAUAUUGUAUUAUCUGCUCAAACCAAUAUUGUUGUAUUAGAAAUGCUGAAAUUCUGGAAGAAUUUUUUUGUAAUAUUAAUAUGAAUUAACAUCUUCAAAACUCAUGAAUAUAUUGAGUAAUGCCAGUUUGCUUUUGGUCAUGGAAAAGUGUAGCUUACUUUAUUGUAGUUUCAUUUUUUAAUAAUGUUUUAAAAAUAAUCAUAAGUUUCAAACAGCUCAGGAGUUGGAAGUUUGUGGACAUUGGUUCUGCACAAAGGAUAAAAUGGGGGGAAAUCUGAGCCUUGGAGAGUGUGAAGGGAAAUGGUCCACUUUACCUAUGAAUGUCUAUGUAUAUUGAGAUUUCCAGGCACUGGCAUUGCAUGGUGUGUGCUGUUCCUGUGAAGUCUUGCUAACUUGACACUUAUCAAAAGAAACAGAUAAGUAUCCUCAUGUUGGUGAACUCCCUGAUUAUACACACUUUUAUACAUGGUCAAAUUUGUAACUAAAGACCUGUGUUGAGUCUGCAUCAGUUCAAGUUUGUUCAAGAAGCUUGUGCUCACAGGAAACAAAAUUUGAUUUUAACAUGCUUUACAAAUUUACCCAUGACAGUAACCAUGGUAAUUGCUGUACACAAUAAGCAUUAUCCUAAGAAAAUAAUUUGCUCACUGCCAACUUCUUUAAAGUUUGUUUACUGCCAAUGCCUUAACAGUUUGUUCACUGCCAAAUGUAAGUUCCAAUUAGGUGUGAUGUGCAGUUACCUGUUUGUAAAAUUGAUGUUGAGGAUUUUCUUUAAAUAUCUUUUAUAACAGUAUUCUUGUGUUAAAGAAAUGUCUUUUAUCACCAAAUUCAAAUUUUCAUUUAUACAAAUAAGUAGAAACUUUAGAGACUGAUGUGUGGGCAACACCAGAUUAAAACAAGUCCCUGGAAGCCAAUCAAGUUAAAUGAUUCAGUACCCCUGUUGGUGUAUUUGAGUCUUCUUCAGGAAGAUGUAAAUUUUACGAGACACCUUGUUUCUUAAAUUUCUAUUGUUACUUUCUCUAUUGCAAAUUCAAACCCUGUAAUUGCAUGCUAGCUUUUGUGCAAACUUCUCAUAAUUGAGGUAGAUUAUUUCUAACAGCUUUAUCACUAUUUAUAGUGGCAAAUACCAUAGCCCAUCUGUUAUAAGUUUGGUGCCUUGGGUAUAGCUAUUGCUUCAUGGGCAGCUUGUUUUCUUUGUUCUUCCAGCUCAGUCAGCUCCUGAUUGUAAAGCUCAUCAGCCUCUGUGCCAGCAAGUUCAUGAAUGUCCUCUGUAUCCAUUCCCAUCUCUAGUUGUUUCAAACAUAAUAAAACGUAGGUUUGUUUAUAUACUAAACAAACCCCCGAUCUUAGGUUUUUCAUCAGCAUCUUUGUUAAAGUGAUGGAGUAUGUAUUGAGAAAAGGCUUCCUCUAAUUGGGUAUGUGCAUGCUCAAAUAUUGCAUUUAAACAGUAUACAUGUGUUGAUAUUUUUUCAAACUUAGCAAAUAGCAACUCCUCAGCUUUAACAAAUUACAUUGUGACCGUAGCUGUGAUAAAGCAAACGAGUUAAUAAACAAAUUGCAGUCGACACUUUUGUAAUGAUUGUUAUUAAAUGUGGUUUACUAUUGACAUCAUUAAUGUUAUUUAAUUAGUCUCAAGCUCUAUUUUCAACAUUUUAAAUAACUGGAAUUAUUAUCCAUCUGCAUGUAAAGUUUUUGUAUGAUAAUACAAGUUGCUAAUUAAUGAAAAAUAUUCUGUGAUAACUGUAAAAAAAAAACAUUUCUGCUGCUCAGUGCAUCUCCAAAGUAAAUGUAUCAUAAUAAUAAUGUCAGUGAAGAAACCCUGAUAACAGCUAAUUGUAUAGAGUGAAAGUGAAGUGUGCCAAAAUUAUUGUACAUUAUGAAUUACAAGAUGAUUACAGGUAUGUGAAGGCUUUUGCAUCACAGACCUUCAAGUACUUGUAACUUGACUAUUCAUAACCAUGGCCUUUGGAAAGCUGUAUUUACAACAGGAGCUGAACAUCUCACAGGGACCCUGCAAGCACAGUCAGGGCCUUUUGAGUGGCUGCAUUCAUAGCAGGAGUCAUGCUUUUGGAGGAGCUACACUUUCAGCAAUGCCACUCUAUCAAUAACCAUUAUUUGCCAGAAUCACCACGUAACUGCUUAGUUAUUUUUCAUUAUCUGAGGAUAGAGCUGUUUUGGAUUUUGUUCAAUGCACAAAAUUGGCUGUAACAGGUUAUAUAAAACAAUUUUUUUUCAA